AUGGUGUCACCGGCGCCGGGAGGGAAGGAUGCAGGGGAGGGCGGCGGCAAGGCGGAGUGGCUGAUCUACGCUUUCGUGGCGCGCGGCACCGCGGUGCUGGCGGAGUACACGGAGUUCACCGGCAACUUCCCCGCCAUCGCCGCGCAGUGCCUGCAGCGGCUACCCGCCGGGUCGUCCUCCGCCAGCACCGGCCCUGACGGCCGCGGCGGCGCGCCGGUACGGUUCAGCUACGCCUGCGACGGGCACACAUUCAACUUCCUCCUGCAUCGCGGCUACGCCUAUUGUGUAGUUGCGAAGGAAUCCGUUCCAAAGAAUGUCUCAGUGGCAUUUCUUGAGAGGUUAAAAGAUGACUUCAUGAAGAGAUACGGUGGUGGUAAAGCAGAUACAGCUCUUGCAAAAAGUCUAAAUAAAGAAUAUGGACCAGUUAUAAAGAAGCACAUUCAGUAUGUUCUUGAUCAUUCAGAGGAACUAGAUAAAACGUUAAAAGUGCAAGCCCAAGUUUCAGAAGUUAAAAAUAUCAUGUUAGACAACAUAGAAAAGACUUUGGGCCGUGGAGAAAAGUUGAGUGAACUCCAUGACAAGACUUCUGAUCUACAUAGUCAGGCCCAGGAGUUCAAGAAACAGGGGGUGAAGAUCCGUAGGAAGACAUGGCUACAGAAUAUGAAAAUUAAGUUGGUGAUUCUUGGAAUCCUUUUGCUCCUUGUAAUCAUAGUCUGGGUAUCUGUUUGUCAAGGCUUUGACUGCACCAAGCAUGAAACAUAG